AUGGCAGCAACGGAGUUAGCACAGCAACGACCAUCUCCUACCAAUUCACAACCACAUGAACAUUCAGAUAGAGUAGCAGGACGUCGUAGACCAUUCUCAUCAUGGAUGAAGAGAUUUACCAGCUUCAAAAGUAACUCCUCAACUGCAGAUUCCAAUCAAACCACCAAUCCGAAACGAAAUGCUCAACAAACGAAGAAGGUGAGCUUGAAAAAACAAUCUCCCUCGAAGAAUAACAAUCCAUACCCCGAAUCUGGUCAUAUCAAUGGUACUGCGACCGCGUCUACCCCUGCCAAUCGACAUUUGUCGUUUUCAACCGGCCCAACCGGAAAUUCGGUCAGCACGUCAUCAUUGGAAAGAAGUCGAAGAUCAAUAGUAUAUUCCGAUGAUGGACACCCACCACCAACCAUUGGAAACAAAUCAUUAGCUCCUACCACGGGAGAGGAUCAUGACAUUGCACGAUCAGAUAUCGCAGCCUCUCAUGCGCCGUCUUCAGGAGAGGCUACAAACGCAACGAUCGGUUGUGGGGUGAGCACUGGUAGAGGUGCUAAUAGCACAUUUUCUUCUCCGGCACCAUCUGUUAGAUCUUUGACUACAACGCUUACGACAAUCCAUUCUGGUGCAGCUCCCAUACCCACUGCUUCGCAUCAUAAUCUCUCGAAUAACACACAGGGCAUUGUGUUCACGCAUCAAUUUCCUUCAUCUCCACCAGCAACAGCCUUGCCCGCACAUUUGGCCCCUCAAGGUAGCGGUGGAUACCCUGCGACGUACAAUACAGCUACAGCAAAUAACCUUCUCACAGAUAAUGCGUCUAUUUUGACACUCGCUUCAUCUUCUCAACGCAGACGAAGAAGAUCUAUGGACACAGAUGCAUCCAUUCGUGCUUUGGCGCCAUCUUCAGUAUUUGGUGGCAGUCGUGAAAGUCUUCCAUUAAGUGUUCUGAGCGCCACCAUUGAAGGCGCUACAAUCGCAGCUUCUACGGGUCUACAUCAAUCACGUCCGCUCGCAAAUGAGAGAGCCAGCAUUUAUUCUUCCGCCGGUGUAGCUCCAGCUCUACCAAGUGAAAGAAAUAGUUACUACGCCAACAAACAAUCUUUGGCCAACGAUGGUGGAAGUGUGAAGAGUGGAUUACUAGGACAUGGUAGGACUGAUAGCAUCUCUGGAAGUAUUGGUGGAAUGGUUACUCCAGGAAGCCCUCUAGCCAGUCCACGCGAUCCUACAAACUCCACCGGAAAAUUAAGUCGAAGCAAUUCGAAUUGGGGAGAGAAUGGUGAACUUGUGAUCACGGAUACAGAAGCUUUGGAAGCUGGAAAUGCGAAAGACAACUCUUUAAAGGAAGAGACAAAUGAAAAGUAG